UACUAUGCGCCAGCGGUUUCAGCGAGAGCGCGAUUACUUCAAAUGUCAACUACAAUUUUAGAUAUAUAUUUUAGUAUUUUCUGAGCUACACUACAUACACUUUAAUAUGUGUAAACGAUAGCUUUUGCACAGACGACAACUUUGUCAAUGCACAAUCAAUCAAAUGGUAAUUUAGUUAAACCGGGAUGAUGAUGGAAUCCGCUGAGAUAUUUGUCUCAGUACCACAGGGUCUACCUUCUGCUUGGGACACUGUAACUGCAGCCCUGGUGUCUCCAAUGUCCAAUGACGUCACCAUGUCUGAUGAAUCUCUCUCUGAGGGGCUUAGUCUGCUGUGCUCUAACGGCCUGGGUCAGUUUCUAGAGGGGUGGCUAAUGGAGACUCUGCAGGUGCGUCUGACCACUGCUAUGGCCCCUGAGUUCUGGGCUGGACUAAAGCAGCCAGAAAAUGAGCUUGAAGAGAAGGACAGGGCCAGAAUCCUACUCAUGGCCUUCCGUACUCUUUUGGACAGACUGGAACCUUUUCUAGGAGGGUUGGAGAAGUUGGGUACCUGGCAGGAUGAGGGUCGGGGAGGUCUGUGUGGCCCCGGAACUGGGGGUCUCCGGGAGAGGGCUUUUUCCAUCAUCAGGGCCAUCCUGCUGUUCUCCCCCUCUGCUGUGCUUCAGGAGAGAAUACUGGAGUUCUACAGCAGAACGUUCUCUGUGCACAUGAGCCAGGAAGGUGAGGCAGGGGAGGCUGAAGAGGGUGGUGGGGGGCCUGAAGUAGGCAUCUGUCAGGGCUGCACAGUCCCCACCCAUCAGUGCUGGUGUCAGGAAGCCCUGGAGCAGCUGCAAGAGCUCAGCCACAUACUGUCAAGGUUGCAGCUGUUGGAGCGGGUCAGCUCAGAGGCAGUGACGUCCAUCUUGCACAAGCUGAUUGAACAGCGGAUGGAGCAGCACUGCAGAGGGGAGUACGAGAGCUCUUUCCUAUUCGACUUCCAGGAGUGGCUGGAGCUGGUGUUGGGCUGGCUGAGCAGGGUGUUUGCCAGUGAGGUCGGUGGAAUGGGCAUGGUGCCCAAUGGCACCAGCAGUGGGGGCGGAGUGAUGGGCCAGCCAGCCAAUGCUGUGCUGCAGCGCUGGAGGUGUCACAUGCAUCAGUUUUUCUGUAGGAUCUACGUCAACAUGAGGAUUGAGGAACUCUUCAGCAUCAUCAGAGAUUUCCCAGAGUCAAAGCCUGCCAUUGAGGACCUCAAGUUCUGCUUAGAGAGAACCAAUCAGAGGCAGCAGCUCCUCACCUCCCUUAAGACAGCUUUUGAGACACGUCUACUUCACCCAGGAGUCCAUACCUCUGACAUCAUCACAGUGUACAUCUCGGCCAUAAAGGCCCUGCGGGAGCUGGACCCGUCCAUGGUCAUCCUGCAGGUUGCCUGCCAACCAAUCCGCAAGUACCUCAGGACGCGGGAGGACACCGUGCGACAGAUAGUGGCCAGCCUGACUGGCGACGCCGAGGGAUGCAGCGAUCUGGCCAAUGAGCUGUCCCGUGCCGACCCCGUGACCCUGGAGACUCAGGAUAGCGAGGACGAGGGCAGCGAUCCAGAGGAAUGGACCCCAGACCCUACGGAUGCAGUCACAGACAAGACGGGUUCAAAGCGCCGUUCGUCUGACAUCAUCAGUCUUCUGGUCAGCAUAUAUGGCAGUAAAGAGAUUUUCAUUGACGAGUACAGAACGGUCCUGGCAGACCGACUACUCCAUCAAUUCAACUACAACACAGCCAGGGAGAUCCGUAACGUGGAGUUGUUGAAAUUAAGAUUCGGAGAGUCCCAUAUGCACUACUGUGAGGUGAUGCUGAAGGAUGUGGCCGACUCACGGAGAAUCAACACCAACAUCCGCGAGGAGGAGUCCAGGCUUGCUAAGGAGGAACAGCCACCCCUGGCCCUGUCAGCCAUGAUCCUGUCCUCAGAGUUUUGGCCCACGCUGAAGGAGGAGAAGAUGGAGCUGCCGCCUCUGGCCUCCCAGGCCAUGGAGGCCUACACACACCGCUAUGAGAAACUCAAGGCGAUGAGGACCUUGAGCUGGAAGUCUCAUCUCGGCUCAGUGACCCUGGACGUGGAGCUUGAGGACAGGACUCUCACCAACCUAACUGUGUCCCCCAUCCAUGCUGCCAUCAUCCUGCACUUCCAGGACAAAAGCUUAUGGACUCUAGAAGAUCUGAGUGUGGCCCUGGGUGUGCCCCAGGAGAUGUUGAGGAGGAAGCUGACACUUUGGCAGCAGCAGGGGGUUCUGAAGGAGGAGGCAGGGGGACGUUACUCGGUCCUGGAGACUGGCUCAUCCCGGGAAAGACCUGAGAGAGGGGUGAUGCUGAUCGACAGCGACGAGGAGGGAGACUCCAACACCACAACUCAGUCAGAGCAAAGGGAGGAGAAAUUACAGUUGUUCUGGGCCUACAUUCAAGCCAUGCUGACCAACCUGGAGACCAUGACUCUGGAGCGCAUCCACUCCAUGCUCCGGAUGUUUGUUGCCACAGGGCCUGUUGUCACAGAGAUGGAUGUGAACGAGCUGCAGGCCUUCCUGCAGAGGAAAGUGCGAGACCAUCAGCUCAUUGUGUCAGCGGGUGUCUACAGGCUUCCCAAAUCCACCAACUGAGGAUGAGGAGAAGACAGCAGGAAAAAGGAAGAGGCGCAACUUACAAGCGUAGGUGUCUGAUUAGUGUCCGGACGUUCACAUGAUGCAGAAUUGCAGUCAGAGACAGUCACAGUCUCUCCGGGGCAGAGUUUUCCAAGGCCACUGAAAGUACAAAGCUUCGUGCUGAAUUACUAUGUUUUUCAAUACCCAGUGGCUAUAAACAGCAUGAACCUCUCAUUUUGACAUUGUUUUUGACCAACCAGGUUGUUUUUAUUUGUCGUGAGUAUUGGAGGCCUUUACAAUUCUUCUGCCAUUGCGUUUCAGUACCCAUUGUUCUGCUGUCUUUCAUUUUUUUCAAACACAUUUAAUGUUUUUACACAUUGCAUAAAGACAUGGUUGGAAUGUAUAUUAAAUUGGAUAAGAUGCUGAUUGUUUAAGUUA